GUUCGCACAAGUGUUUUUCGCUGAGCGCUGACGGCUGACACCAGAGUAGCAGGAGUGUGUGUGUUUGGGGAUGUGUUUGCACCCCCAACGGGUGGAUCAUUGCCAGGUCCCGCUCCUCCUAAUCGCAAAAUACGCUGCUCCCAGCCCAGGUGCUCAGCAAGUAAGCGGACUUUGUUUUCUGCAGGCAGGAGCUCGGAAACCUGUAGCGUCCAAGGCGACUCGACAGCAACGGGGAGGAGAAAGCGCCUUCCAGCGCCAGUAACCACUCCCCAAAGGGAAAGUCAUUAGGGGGUGGAGAGACAGCGCUAGGUGCAGGGGGAGCCGCUAUUGGUACGCAGGGAAUAGACAGCAGCCCCCUGAGUGCAGGAGGCAGCCAGGCAGAGCGAGCGACAGCCCGGAGCAGCAGCAUCCCACUCCUGCCCGAACCACGUUUCUCUCCGCGGCAACUCUGAGCGCCACCGACCGCCUCCCUCCGGGCACCGUCAUGGACUCCCCACAGAAGCCGCCCCUCGCUCACCUCUUCAAAGGGACCUUCGUGCACGCCAGCCACUCCUCGCCCAUGGACGUACUGCAAGGCCACCUGCUGGGCGUGGGCGACGAUGGGAGAAUUGUGUUUUUGGAGCAAGCAGAUCAGCAAGAGCAACUAGCUAAGAAGUGGGGUUUCAAGGCAUCUGAUAUAAGAGAGCUUAGUAGUCAUGAAUUCUUCAUGCCAGGAAUGGUUGAUACACAUAUCCAUGCACCUCAGUAUGCAUUUGCUGGAACAAGAGUAGACCUACCUCUUUUGGAAUGGUUAAACACAUAUACAUUUCCAACAGAAGCCAAAUACGAAGAUAAUGAUUUUGCUGAAGAAGUAUACACCAGAGUUGUAAGAAGAACGCUAAAGAAUGGCACGACUACAGCAUGCUACUUUGCAACAAUUCACACAGCUGCUUCUUUGCUACUUGCUGAAAUUAUAGAUAAAUUUGGUCAGCGAGCAUUUGUUGGAAAAGUUUGCAUGGAUAUCAAUGAAAUUGUUCCAGAAUACAAGGAAACCACUGAUGAAUCUCUCAAGGAGACGGAAAGGUUUGUUAAAGAACUACUAGAAAAGAAAUAUCAAAAGGUACAACCCAUAGUGACGCCUCGUUUUGGACCUUCCUGCACUGAGAAGUUGUUGAGUAGACUUGGUGACUUUGCGAAGGCUCGUGACAUCUACGUGCAGAGUCAUAUAAGCGAGAAUGAUGGAGAAAUCAAACUUGUGGAGCAAAUGUUUCCUAACUAUAAAAAUUAUACUGAUUUAUAUGAUAAAACCAAGCUACUUACAAGCAAGGUAGCGUUAAGGAAUAUUCUAUAGUAUAAGUUAUGAGAU